CAGCAAAACCUUCCUUCCCAGAAGAAUUGAAGAACAAAGACCAGACCAGAAAUUUGUCAACCCCGUUUCGCAAUCGGACUCUGCGUCUUCAACCAUCGGAAGUUCGAUAUUUGAUUCUCCUCCUCCGCCGCCGCCGCGUCUCCGACCGGUCGAUCGCGUUAGGGCUCGAACUCACAGAACCAUCCACAAUUAUCAUAGGUGCGCGUUCGUCCCCGUUCUGAAUUAGGGUUUUUCAAUCACCUCAAGCCUCCUAGGCCGCCCCUCACAAUUCUAGCUUCGCUAUUGUAAUUCGUUUAUACGUCGUCUUUUUUUUACGAUUUCCGAUCUUUCUUUAGCCUUCCGUGAUAAGAACGACAGAGGGAGCUGAGGGGAAAUUUUGAAAUGGCUUCGUUUAUACCUGCGUCGAGGCUGUGUAGGCGUUUGUCUAUGCGUCAGAAUUUGGCACUGUUAGGGAGGAGGAAGCAUUGUGACAGCGGUUGGAAAUGGGGAAAUUGUGCUGGAGCCCGCUGUUUGAAUGGCAUUGCCGGUAUCGAUUCCGGUUUUUCUUCUCCUGCCCAUUCGUCCGGCAUUUCCCGCAGUGAUGGAAUUUAUAGCAAUGCAAAUGUGAUACAAAGGAGAACCUUCUUGGGAUGCGGCGAUGGAGAAGAAGGGAGCAUGUUGUCUAAAGUUUACAAGGAGAAGCGUGUUUUGGGAUACUCUCCGGAGCAAAUGUUUGCUGUGGUUGCUGCUGUUGACAUGUAUGAAGAUUUCCUUCCGUGGUGCCAAAGGUCAGAGAUACUAAGACGCAAUCCAGAUGGAUCUUUUGAUGCUGAGUUAGAGAUUGGUUUCAAAUUUCUGGUCGAAAGUUAUGUCUCCCAUGUGGAUUUAAAAAAACCGUCAUAUAUAAAGACUACUGUAUCAGAGAGUAACCUUUUUGAUCAUUUAAUUAACAUCUGGGAGUUCAAUCCCGGGCCAAGUCCCGGAACAUGCAACCUUCAUUUCUCAGUGGACUUCAAGUUCCAGUCUCCACUUUAUCAUCAGGUGGCAAAUAUGUUUUUCAAGGAGGUGGUCUCUCGACUAGUUAGUUCCUUCAGCGACCGUUGCAGGUUGAUUUACGGACCUGGUGUUCCUGUGCAUGAAAAAACUUAUGAACAUAGGACAUGAAUAAUUGUUCCUCAUCACUCUAAAAAUUCAUAUCGUUCUCUAGCCGCGGCAGCUCCAAAAUCCAGUUGGACUGGCAUUUUGAAUGGAAGAAAGGUUAAAUGUAGCAAGGGGGUGUUCUUGAUCACCAAAUUCUAAUUUUUGUAGGGAUACCAAAGUGUUGUUUUAUUUGUUUGUUUUUUCCCUCUCUAUUUCUCAUCUGUACAACAUUCUUACUCAUUUGACUACUACAAGCAUCACUUGUAUGCAACAUAGAACUUCAUACAAAGUACUCCGUACUUGUUACGAGUACUAUUCUUUG